AACUCCCUCGAGCCUCUUUGGAUAGAUGGAUAAGGGCAUCCGCCAGAGAGACUGGGUCUGUGACCGAGUCUCUCAGUCCCUGCCAGUUGCUCGCGCUCAGCACCGUCACCAGGUCCCUUUCAGACCUUGCAGCAACUACACAUCGGUGCUCAAGAGUUCAGUCGACAGGAUAGGGUUCAUCACCGGUUGCCAAGUGCAGGAAAGUGUACCCUGACGACAUCGCUGCGGACGACUCUCCACCAUGUAUUCAAACAACAGCUUCAAUGUCCCCUUCGUGAGGCAGCUGGAGGGUGCCAUGCACCCUGGCCGGGCCAUCGCCAUCUACGGUAACAUCCCGCACCACGCCAGCAGGUUCGUCAUCAACCUGCAGUGCGGCGGCGCACCGGCCAGCGUGUCGGACAUCGCGCUGCACAUCUCGGUGCGCUUCGACCAGAACUGCGUGGUGCGCAACACGCAGCAGGGCGGCGGCUGGCAGCACGAGGAGCGCGACGGCGGCCUGCCGCUGCGCCGCGGUGGCCACUUCCAGAUGCUCAUCAUGUGCGAGGGCCACGGCUUCAAGAUUGCCUUGAACGGCCAGCACUUCCGCGAGUUCCGCCACCGGAUGCCCUUCCAGCGCGUGACGCACGUCAGCGCCGAGGGAGACGUGCACAUCAACAGCGUCUCCGGAGUGAUCGGCGCCUACGGCUCGGCCCACCAGACCCACAACCCGGCCCGGCGGCUUCACGGCGCCAAAGCCACCAAGGUCCCGACACCGAAGGCGAGCACACCCGCGUACCCGGGGACCUCUGUGACCUCCACUUCAACAAUGAGUGUUCUGAGCGCCCCCUUCCAGCUUGGUGCAAAGAAUGUUCGUUCCAAGAGAGUAGUUACCCCCUCAACUCCAGCGUUGUCCGUGCCACACGUGCAGAACAUCGGCUCCGUCUACCCCGGGCGGUGCCUCCGCGUGCGGGGCUUCAUCCCCCACAACGCCUACCGGUUCAGCGUGAACCUGGCCACGGGCCCGUCCAUGGACUACAACGACCUGGCGCUGCACGUGUCGACGCGGCCGUCGGAGGGCCUGGUGGAGCUCAACACCUGCCGGCGCGGCGGCUGGGAGAGCGGCCAGCAGCUGCGGCCCUGCCCGGUGGCUCUGGGCCAGUCCUUCGAGCUCAUGAUCCUGGUGGACGACUACUGCUACAAGAUUGCUUUUAACGGCGUGCACUUCGCCGAGUGGCCGCACCGUCACCCGUACCAGGGCGUGAACCACGUGAUCGUGGAGGGCUCCGUGCAGCUGCAGCUUGUCAGCCUGGAGGGGCAGCCCCGCGGUGGCGGCUACGCCCCGCCCCCGCCCCCUGCCCAGGUGCCCUUCUACCCCUCGCCCUACGGCAACAACGACUACCACCACCACCUGCCCAACCCGUACCACAUCAUCUACUGACCGCGUGUCGCUGACCUUCGACCCUGCGCGUCCUGAUGGAAGCUGUUUUACAUUGUGUUUAUAAGAUUAAGGUGGACUGGGGUACAUCGCCUAUCACGACAGCUGACGGCCGUGCCACAUGCUAAGUACAGAUUAUAUUUUGAAGAACACUUAA